AUAAACUGCAGGGAAAAAGUUGGUUAUUUUAUAUACAUUGUGAAGGUGACAUCCGUUAAUCUCCAUGUUAAAGAGAUAUCUGGACAUUUUGUCGUUACUUUUACUCUAUUAUUAUUAUUAUUAUACGUUAUAAUAACAAAGCGUCACCUUGUUUAAUCCAGACGGGCAUUUAUCUGAAGCAUUUGCAGAUAAACUUUGGCUGUUUUUGUUAUGCUGCACACACGUAACAUCUUAUGGUGUUCAGGCCGCAGAGGGACGAAGCGCAAAGCGGGGGAAGUUCAGACAUUUACGGAGGAGAAGAAGGAGAAAGGAGAGGAGGAGAGCGGCCAAAAUGGCGUGAAAGUGGCCAUUGAACACUGCAAAAGCUGACGAGUGUAUGGGCGUAACGCCGAGGAGGUGAAAUCUGCCCUUCUGGCUGCCCGCCCCGGGCUGACGGUGGUCCUCAACCCCGAGAAGCCCCGCAGGAACAGCUUCGAGAUCACCCUGCUGGACGGAGGCAAAGAAACAUCUCUUUGGACGGGAAUAAAGAAGGGUCCACCUCGUAAACUGAAGUUUCCUCAGCCAGACAGUGUUGUUGCUGCUCUGCAGGAAGCUCUUAAGACUGAAUAAACACCAAGUGAAGCUGAGCAUCUAGGAGAUCUGACUGGUGGAAGCAGAAUGAUGAGGAGUGACCAAUGAGACGUUCUCAGUCUCUCCUCUGAUGAGCCCAGCUCCAUCUGAAGUCUCCUGGACGCACGGCGACACCUACUGGAUCAUCUGAGCAAAUGCAACAUUAUGUUUUGCAAAGUUAUUCUACAUCCCAGUUCUGAAAACCUUUGGUUUUAUCGUUAAAUAAAGACAUUUAAUUGA